AGUGCUGAGGAGAGAGUUUAGUCUCUAGCGGUAUUCUCUUAUCUUAUACAUCAGGGUAAGAGGAUACGAAACUAUGGAGGUUAUCAGAGAUAGAGUUUUAUAGGGGAAUUGUAUUCGCAGAGGAAUUAUCUUCUUCCAAUGUUUUAUUUCCUUUUUUAUUUUUAUUUUUUACUUGUGCAUCCUCCACUGUCGAAAAUGCAUGCUUUCGGGGUUUGGAUUAACGCAAUUUGGAUUUUACUUUUUGCCAUUUUUCACGAGGCUUUUUCGAGUUACUCUGAAGACCAGUGCAGCUGGAGAGGCAGUGGUUUGUCCCAGCAGCAGGGCAGCGUGGAGCAGAUCUCCCUCCACUGCUCUGAGGGCACACUGGACUGGCUGUAUCCCAAAGGGGCCCUGCGCCUCACCCUCUCACCCCGCCUGCCCUCUGUGGCGGUGGGGCCAGGCGGCAGCAGCUCGGGCCUCAUCACGGCCUGCGUCAAGCCCUCAGAGCAGUUCCACGGAGCCCAGCUGUACCUGGAGAGAGAUGGGGUCCUGGAGCUCCUGGUAGGGGACCGUCUGGAGUCUUCACCCCCGCCGAGGGUUCGCUGCUUCAGCCGCCUGCCUGGGGAGAGGGUGGCUCUCUUCCUGCAGGCUACGCCUCAUCAGGACAUCAGCAGGAGGAUCGCCUCCUUUCGGUACGAGCUGAGAGGGGACUGGACUGCACGCCUGUCGCUGGACUCCAACCCCAUCAGCAGUGAAGAGGCCUGCAGACCCUGCAACAACACCGAGAUCCUGAUGGCUGUUUGCACCAGUGACUUUGUUGUGCGAGGUAACAUCCGAUCAGUGGUGGAAGACGAUAACCUUCGAGCAGCGGUGAUCAAAGUCAGCGCCACCCGGGUGUUUCGUCAGAAGUAUGCCCUGUUCACCGGCAACAGUCGCCUGAGCAGCCGGGGUGAGGUCAGGACUUUGCUGCAAUGUGGGGUCAAACCUGGGCCUGGCAGCUUUCUCUUCACCGGCCGGGUCCACUUCGGGGAGGCCUGGUUGGGCUGCGCUCCCCGUUACAAGGACUUCCAGCGGGCUUACACUAUAGCCAAAGCAGCCCAGCAGAUACCCUGUGAACUCCCAGUAGACUGAGUCAAAACUCAGCCAAUUGUCUACCACUCAAGAGUCAAGGCCGCAUUGAAAGCCAGGCCAAACUCAGCCCUGUUCCACGUUUUGGAAGAAGCCACGUUGUGCAACCGUUGGCCAGUGCAGCCAUGGUGCCACCAACAUCUUCCCAAAGGUCUGAGGAGUGAAAUGAACUUCUCCCAGCACCAUUUCAGUGCAAUAUGCAGUCACUGGGUCAAAAAGAACCUGGUGCAGUUGUGACAUGAGGGACGUGGUUGAAAUGAAGAUUAUAAGCAUUUGGCAUUGGACAGUUUGAACACACAGCAAUGCCAUUAUGCAGGGUCAGAGAAAAUCUAUUGAAAAGCUUUCCAUUCGGGAUAAAUUAAGUCAAGCCAUUAAUUCAGGCCUAUUGAGAGUCAUUGCUUUGAAACUCAGGAAAAUUUAUGAAAAGUUCUGUAGAAAGCUCACUGCCUACUAGUUGGUGUCCCAGCGAGGAUACACUUUAGGCACCUUUUUGUUCAGUAAAUGUCAGGCCAUGGGAAAGUGAUGUUUUGCUGGCGACCCCGUGACUGGGGUCAUCCUCAGUAUUAUUAAGGAGAUUAUUAUUAAAAAAAAAAAGUCCUCAUUGAACGAAAUGUUAAAAAAUAUAUAUUUGCACUGAUAAAGGAAAAGGGAAUGAUCUGGAAAGUGUGAUGCUGCAAGCACUGAAAACCAAAUAAAAAGCAACUAUAUGUAGCAUAGUGGAGCGAUUGAGAAUUUAAUAUAUGUACAGAUGAUGUGAGCACGUACCGUAGUGACACAAAGCUAAGGCUACCUGAGCAGCAGCUCAAACUAGUGCUGAGAGCACUUUUAUAUGCUAGCCAACUCUGAGAUUCAGUAAGGAGAUACAGGCUUUUAGGAGGCCUGUUUAUACAUUUCAGUAGCCACACGAUAUUUCUGCAAAACUAAUUGGGCUUAAAAGAGAAUUAUUUAAAAAAUAUGUGGGAGUGGAAUUGCAGCAGUGUUGCCAAAGCAGUUACACGUUUUGUUGUCAAGUCAUUCACUGCUCUCUGCUGAUGUUGUCACAAGAUAUUCACCUGUAUAUAGCCAGCAAUGUUCAUAAAACUGAUGACAACAGCCAUUCAUAUCCGAAGUCCAGUGUUAUCAUAUGAUAUAAACGUGAUGGUAUGGAUGAACAAAUCCUUGAUCCAGCUUUUGGUGGAAAACAAGUUAUGACACUGGACGAGGCUAGCUCAAGAGAAACACAGUAAUAUGCAUUUAAUGUGUAAAAUUCUGCUCUGUUGUAUGAUUUCAUAUCUAAUGUGCACUAUAUCAACAAGGGGAGGGGGUUCAUACCAAAUUACCGCAACAUGCUGAAGCGGUAUGUCUUAAAUGCGUACACUGCCAUUUUUGCUGUUUGUUUUCUAUGUGAAUUUAUGUCAAUAGCAAUGUGAAUGUAAAUAUGUUUAUAAGAAAUUUUAGCAUGAAAAAAAAGUCUGUGGAAAAAACAACAUUGUGUCAGUAUUGUGGAUUAUUUUUGUGUUUGUCUGCGUUAUUAAAAUAUACUGUGA